AGGUGUGUCUUGAGUGCAGAUGCAACAUGGUGAGAUUUGAUCACACAGAAGUCUCAGUGCAGAUGGACUAUGUGAACAUGCCCCGCACUUCAAGCCAAGGGGAGACAGAUGCAGUGACAGGAAGAAACGUGUACAGAUUAGUUGCUGUGAUCUUUGGACUCCUGUGCAUCCUGCAAGCUGCUCUCAACAUUUCAUUGCGUCUUACCACCUGUCACCUCAAGAUGGUCUUAGUUUUAACUGAAGCGACAGCAUUCAUGGCAUUUGAGAUUUUCAAGGGUGUAGUCCGGCUGCCUCCUGAAACUAGAUGGGAUAGGCUCCAGGUUUCCUGCAACCCUUUACAUUCUGCUAGUAAAAUAAAAGAAACUGCAACAGAGGGCACCUGCACAAACUCCUCUCAAGCACUUGACGAGCUGAAGAAAAAAAUCAAAACUAUUGAUAGCCAUCGCCAACAAGGAUGGUUGUAUUUCCCUCCUAGUUUGUAUUACAUUUCUUCAACACAAAGACCUUGGUCCCUCAGCAGAGCGGACUGUCUUCAAAGACAUGCAGACCUUGUGGUUGUCAACAGCAGAGAAGAGCAGGCCUUCAUAGUGAAUUUCAACAUGAGGGUGUGGAUUGGCCUGCAAAUGACAAAGGGUACAUGGAAAUGGGUUGACGGGUCUCAGCUGACAGAAAGCUACUGGACUCCAGGUGAACCAAAUAAUUUUGAAAACGCAAUGGAAGACUGUGUACAAACAGGGUUAAAUGACAUCAAUAGCUGGAAUGACGUCGUGUGUAGAGAACCACACUUUUGGAUAUGUGAAAAGGUUGUGUGACACAAUUCUUUGGAGGAUUAAACUUCAUAAUUGCUGGACAAA